CGUGGAAAUGACGCUAGCUGCGUGGUUCACGAACUUCAAAGGUCCCGACACGUGUUCGUCUCGGGAAACAUUGAGAUUCUCGGACCGAAGAUAUAGCGUCUUCAAUCAUUGUCCUGAGUUCAUUAAUUUCAAGAAAUAAAUCAGUUUUGCAACGAUGCGUUAUUGCAGUACUCGUGGUCAAGUGAAUAAUAAAUCUUUUGAAGAGAUAUUAUUUAAUAAUUUCACUUCAAAUGGAGGCAUGUUUAUGCCAGAAUCUGUGCCGAAUGUUGAUUCGAAAACAUUGCAACAAUGGUCGAAAUUGUCUUACGUAGAGAUGUGCAAAACGAUAUCUAGAUUAUUUAUAUCAGAGGAGGAGAUACCGACGGCCGAUUUAAACGGUAAAAGUAAUUGCACGUGCUUAUAUAAAUAGACAAAUAAAGUAUGUUCGCGUGGGACGAAAUGACUACUGCUAUAUUUCAGAGAAUCAGAGUCAUCAGAAAUAGCUUCCGCUAUUCGGAGUCAUUAUAGAUAUGCCAGAAACAUUGUUGUUAAAACCUUUACAAUAGCCAAGUUAAUUUUGGAAAACAAGUCAUUUGACUCGUCUGUGAUGGGGUGGGGGGGGGGGCAGCCUUCAUGGAACAAGUGUGAAGUGUGACAAAAUGGACCAUUCCAUUUAAUAUCUACCCCCCCCCCCCCACACCUGGAAACAAGAUUUCUUAUUUUAGACCCAUUUGGAAAUGGGGGGGGAACAACUUUCUAGUUCCUGCUUGGUUUCUGCUAAUGUGCUUCAAAAAUUCUUUAGCUUUACCAAACACCCUCGGAGAUUUCCAAUUUUUCUCAACUCCUUUGAAAAUACCUGUAGACAAGGUUUACUGGCAAGAAACCCCCUUUGGAAAUCUGCCCAUUUCUUUCCUGAGCCCUUCAGAAAAUUUUCAAUUCUGUUAAUUUUUUUUUUGAAAUUGCGAUUGCCCCUUCAGAAAUUAGAGAUUUGGGGGCCUUUUGGAAAAGUAGAAUUUUCUACCCCCUCAAAAAGUUGUAUCCACUGGGAGUAUAAAUAUUAAAUGGAAUGGCCCAAUGUAUUUGUUGACCAAUAAUUAUAAUAAAUUAUAAACCAUUAAGCUCCAGAUGAGUAAAAUUGUCAGGCAUUAGAGUAAAGAAUAAGGUAGGCUAGGGCUCAAUACAAAAUAAUACAUGGGCAGAUAGUCUGGUAACCCAAUUUAGUACCAGCGCUUUCCCCUUGACAAGUAAAAUUGUGUGGUGUUAGACAGUAAAAUAAUAAAGUAGGGUGCAUUAGGGCACAUUGCAACAGUAUGCAACUUAAUGGGUUAAAGUGUUGUUCUAUAGAGACCUAGAAAUUCAAAAUUUCUGAAAUAUUAAACAUGGUAUUUUUCACCACACACCAUGUUCAUUUAUGCAUUAAUGCACUUUAAAUGAUAUUAUUUUUUAAAUAUACAGGAAUUAUUACUGCAGCAUUUACCAAUGUCUUUGAUCAUGAAGAGAUAAUUCCAGUUCAAAAAGUUGUUGGAGACGUCCACGUAGCAGAACUUUGGCAUGGACCAACAUUGGCAUUCAAAGACCUGGCGCUCACUUGUGUCACUCAGUUCAUUGAAUAUUUCAACAAGAAGAACUCCUGCCAUGUUACUGCUCUUGUUGCGACAUCAGGCGACACUGGCAGUUCGGCCAUCGAAAGCGUACGCAGUUUUAAGAAUAUUGAUAUAAUUUGCUUGUUUCCAAAAGGUGCUUGCUCAAACGUACAAGAACUGCAGAUGACAACCAUUUUGGAUGAAAAUGUACAUGUCUUUUCCGCUGAGGGAAAUUCAGAUGAUUUGGACAUUGUUCUACAGAGUAUUUUGAAGAAGCCGGAUCUUGUAAAGAAAUACAAUCUUUGCACCAUUAACUCUGGAAAUUGGGCUCGUAUCAUGAUUCAGAUCGUACACUAUUUCUACGUUUAUUUUCAAGUGUGUAAUAACCCUGGAGACAAGGUGCAUAUCAUUGUUCCAACCGGUGCAAUGGGAAAUGUAACAGGUAGUUGACUUGUCUACUAUUUAUGGUUAGUAAAUUUGAUAGUGAUUGUCCGAUAAUCGGUAUCAGGCCGUCGAUUUUUGCCUUAUCGGUAGACAAUCGGAAUCGGUAGAAUGAUCUAAUUAUUUCCGAUUGUCUAAAACCGAUUGUUGAGAAAAUAUGCACUUCAAGAAUUAUAUGCAUUGCAUGUUGAUCGUUGAUAGACGUUGCAUUUUAAUGCAAUAUGUUAAAUUAAUGCAGGAAGCAUGCCAUUUAUUUUAAACGGUUUUAACAAUCUUUGGUUGCGAUAACAUUUUAUGUUGGAAAUUAUUGUUAAAAUUCGACAUGAAUGACGUCACCUUUAAUCGGUCGACUGAUAUUAUGACGCCAUUAUAAAAUCGGCAUUCGUAUCAGGUAAGUUGUUGCAUGAAUAAUUGGUAAUCGGUAAUUUCCGAUUGUUGCACACUCAGUCAAUCACUAAAAUUUGAUCUUCGAAAUACAGUAUAUAAAUGCUACCUCCUUUAUCCCCUUGCCCCUGUAUGUCCCUCCAAUAAAUCCAUCCCAGAGUAUAUAUGGUUUCUUUUAAUCCACAUAACAUACCUUGAGUAUCCUUAUUAGAGAUGCCUGACCAAAUAAUUUACUCAUUUUACCUUUCAGCUGGUUGUAUUGCCUAUCUGAUGGGAUUACCAAUAAAAAUAACCUGCACGACAAACAUAAACGACACAGUUCAUCGAGCCAUAACUCAUGGAGAAUAUUGUCCCAAGCAAGCUUCGAUAACUAUUGCACCAGCUAUGGAUAUACAGGUACACAGUUUUGCAUAAACAAAACCAUUGUAAGUUAUAGUUAUUGUAAUUUGACAGUGCAUCUCUGAUUAAUUUCGGUAAUAUUACAUGCAGGUUCCAUCCAACUUUGAGAGAGUGAUAUUUUUGUUCUCUGGAGCAAAGGAAGUACAGGAAUUUCUGUCUAGUUAUGAGAAAAAUGGCAAAAGUGAAGUACCACAGGAGGCACGAAAAAAGGUGUGAUUUUUAUUCUAAAUGGUAUUGAGGGUGUUCCAGUUCUGUAUCCUGUAAUUUCAGUAUGCAACCGUCAUAGUCUGUGUAUUGUUCUUGUUUCAGAUGUCUGCCGUCCUCAGCUCACAUUCUGUCUCUCAUGAAGAAAUGGUGAAUAUUAUGAAACAAUCUUGGUUGGAAUGGAAGUACCUUAUCGAUCCUCACACAGCGACAGGAAUGCAUUUUGCUUGCAACAAGAACAGGUACCAGUAGGGUUAAAGUAUACCAUAUAUGAUAUAUCUCCCUCAGUGUGGUUGAAUGAUUAAUUUCAUUUUUGCUGAUUGUAUUCCUUUCCACCAUAAAUCUGCUAUUCAAAUAUUGCAUAUUUUUAAUAAACUCAAUUAUCUCUCAUUUUCUACAUCGGCUAGUUAUUCAAAAUUAUUUAUCAUUUUUUUGCUUCCAAUCCGGACACUUAGGCUCAAUGGGUUAACUACAGACAUUGUCAGAUUUUUUGGUGUAAAAAAUAUAAGUAGGGUGCAGUGGGGCACAUUUGUGGCUCAAUGGGUUAAUUAUUACCCAUUGAGCCACAAUGCGCCCCAGUGCACCCUACUUAUAUUUUUACACCAAAAAAUCUGACAAUGUCUCUAGGUAACCCAUUGAGCCGUAAUGCCCCCCAGUGCACCCAACUUUUUUUUUACUUGUCUAACGCUUGUCUAACGCCAGACGAUUUUACUUGUCAAUGGGAAGUUCUACAGCUUAAUGGGUUAAUUAGCUCACAUAUUACCCAACCUCAUAGAUUUCAUAUAUAUUGUUCCAAAUUGGAGGAAUUUUAAUUUCACUUACUAAUGCAUUAAAGUUUGCGUACAUUUUAAUACCACAAAAAGCCACAAAUUUAAAUACAAGCAACAUAUUAUGUCAUGAAAUAUGAGAUGAAAUAAAGUGAAAAGGAAAUAAAAGUGAAAAGAAAAAUGAAAACAAUUCCUCUUUCUUAGCGUUGAAAAUGCUUCCUGCUGUGGACAUGUUGUACUAUCAACUGCACACAUGGAUAAAUUCCUGGAAACACUUGCAAUGCUUAACAUCCCACACCAACCUUCAGAGAAAGUACAGCAUUUAUCUGAGAAACCAACAAAGUUCAAGGAAUUGCGGAAAGGCGAAAACUGGCGUGAAAUCAUUUUGAAUACCAUUUUUGCCAUUGACGAAAACUACAAGAACUUAAGCUAAGUUUUCUAGAAUUUAAUUAAGCUAAUUUUUCAAGAAUCAGCAAGAAUUUAAACUUUCAAGAAUUAAAGUAAUUUUUCAAGAAUUUUAACGUUUUCAAUUUAAAUUUUUUCUGAUACAUUGUAAAUGGGUUUCACUAAGCACUAUCAUCAGAGUUUAUCAGUGAGGGUGGGAAAAUAAUCAUUCAAUAGAAUUGAGAGAUUUUAAUUUUCUUACUCGGGUUCAUAUUUUUUUAAAAGGGGUUAAUAUGCUAAGGGACCGGUCAUAAAGUAAAAGGGGGGUGGGCUGGGAAAAAUAGGGGGUGGAUCACUAUUUUUGAGCACGGUUGAAGGGGUGGGUCAUCGAAAGUUUAUAAGUGCAAUCAUAAGGGUGGGCCCAGGGUCUUAGCUAGGAUUUUGGAUCUUGGGCGUGUUUCUAAAUAACCAGGGUGUGCAUAUGUCAAUUACCUCAAAUAGCCAAAUUCACAGUUCAACAACAACAUACAAUGCCUGUGGUUGUUCUGUGCUUUGCAACCAAAUACAAGGCGAGCAUAUACUCAUAUUGCGCACUGUCAUUAAAACAUUAAGUUAUUUCAGCAACUCUUGGGGGUAUUUAAAACUUAAAACCACUUUAAACACACGGUUCCCAUUAUCCAUUAAAACAUCACGGAUCACUUUUGCCAAUUUCAACAACAAAUAAACUUUCUUAUGACGUAAAUAGAAAGAAAUUCUGUCUGUUGUAAGUAGCACCAUCUUAUUUUAUGAACGUACACAGCCUUAUAUAAAUAAUGAAGCCACGUUCAUUUUAUCUAGCCGUGUUUUUCCAUUUUUGGCCGUGAUAACACGGCCUUCUAGCUAAGACCCUGGGUGGGCCAUGUAAAAAUAUGCAGAAAAUUGGGCCCCAGUCAUUUUUUUGUGUUAAAAAUUUCCGCGCAAAGAACAAGAUAUCUGUUUUUUGGGCUAAGUACCGAAAUUUGGUAUGAAAAAUUAAGAUAAAGUCUUUGGAAAGCAAUUGCAAUGUACUUGUACGGAAAAAAUUUUUACCUAAAAAAGUUGUCGAGGGGAGGUAUUGUCUGAAAAACAUUUUUCCAGGAAAAAUUGGAAAAGGGGUGGGUCAUAAUUUUUCAGCACCGAUUUAAGGGUGGGCUACAAAUUUUCGUGCAGCUAUUAAUGGGUGGGCUACCAAAAGUUCAGACACCAAAUAUAUGAUUUUCCCAGCCCACCCCCCUUUUACUUUAUGACCAGUCCCUAAUAUGUAUUGCUUAAUUAAUAUAUACUUACAAUUUUAGCCAACUUUCUAUUUGUAGUAUAGCAGCGUAUACUUGUAAUGUAAAUUUUUCAGUUUAUUCUGUUGUACAUAUGUACAGUAGUCAUUGCUUUAUUUAAGAAAUAAAUAGAAUUUAAGAUGGUUUAAUUUAAUUAUAUUAAGUUUUUCAUAACCUGAUGCAUGGCCGUGACAUGGAUGACAUUGCAUUGUCGUGAACUUGUGUGUAAUAUUCACAGGAGUUGGUUGGAGAAUACAAAUGUCUGAAAGUAAAGAAAAUACUAAUCCG